CAGCGGUACCAGUACAACUUUACUUGCCGACAAAUGUAGAUGACCGUCCGAUACCUCCGGGAGUCCGCGCGGAAAAACUAGAAGAGUGUUCUCAAUCCUACUGCUCUGCUGUGCUGUGUGUGCAUCCUCUUUUUUUAAAGGGUUUCUGAAGAUCUAGAACCGGGUUUCUUGGAUCUUCUUGGAUAGCGGUGAAAAAAAAACGGUUCCGGUGGUGCAGACAGCUGAUAGACAGACUCUCCUCCUGCUGCCAGGCCCAAAAGUAUAGUAAUCGCAGCUCCUCCUCUUGUGUGAUAUAGAGAGAGAGCAAAGAAGACAAGUGCGCGCGCGAAGCUUAGCCAAAGAGGGCAAUCAAGUGAAUUAAUCAAGCGUGUUUGUGUGUUUUGCUCGGCCGACCGACCGACCGAUCGACCCAUCUGAAGAAGGGUGGUGGCGCAGACGAGACGAAAACGAAGACGACGGAGUCGAGCACGCGCUUGAGUCCGCCAAGUGGAAAACGUGAUCCGGUGGAAAAUUGUACUGAAAUAGUGUAGUCCCGUUGAACAGCCGAACACCGACAAUCCCCAAGCUAAGGCCGACCACCCGCACACCCUCGAAGCAUGGCAUGGCGAUUUAAGGCCUCGAAAUACAAGAACGCAGCUCCGAUCGUACCCAAGCCGGAGGUAUGCAUCCGGGACAUUUGCGUGGGGUCCUACCAGACCUACGGUAACAACAUCGCAGCAUCGGCGGCAUUCAUCGCCUUCAACUGGGAACAUGCGGGCUCCAGCGUGGCCGUGCUUCCGAUCGAUGACUGCGGUCGGAAGAGUAAAACCAUGCCUCUGCUGCACGCACACUCGGAUACGGUGACGUAUCUGGACUUUUCGCCAUUUCACGAUGGACUGCUGGCCACGGGAUCGCAAGACUGUCUGGUGAAGGUGUGGCACAUACCGGAGAAGGGGCUGGAAAACUCGAUCUCCAAUCCGGAGUGCACGUUCUCCACCAAGCAGCGGAGGGUGGAGACGGUAGGAUUCCAUCCAACGGCAGACUGUUUGCUGUAUUCGACGGCCAUGGGCUGCGUUAGUCUUUGGGAUUUGACCUGUCAGCAAGAGUCUUUUUCGAACAAUCAACACCCGGAGGUGAUUCAGUCGCUCAGUUGGAAACAGGACGGCAAAGUCUGCGCGACCAGUUGUAAGGACAAAAUGGUUCGUAUUCUGGAUCCCCGAGCGGAGACACCCAUUUCGAUGAUCGCCGAAAGUCACCAAAGCAUCAAAGACUCCCGGGUGGUAUGGUUGGGCGAUCAGAAUCGUAUCCUGACCACGGGUUUCGAUGCCGCCCGACUGCGACAGGUUAUCAUAAGAGAUUUGAGGAACUUCUCCGUACCGGAGAAGACGCUGGAACUGGAUUGCUCAACCGGGAUAUUGAUGCCGCUGUUCGAUCCGGAUACGAACAUGCUGUUCCUGGCAGGUAAAGGUGAUACUACUAUAACUUACUUGGAGGUGACGGACAAGGAUCCGCACCUGAUCGAGGGAAUCCGACACUCGGGAGAGCAGACCAAGGGAGCCUGUUUGGUACCGAAGCGGGCGCUCCGCGUGAUGGAGGGUGAGGUGAACCGUAUCAUGCAGCUGACGUCUAACUCGGUAAUACCGAUCAUGUACCAAGUGCCGAGGAAGACCUAUCGAGACUUCCACAGUGACCUGUACCCGGAUACCAAUGGGUUCAAAACCGAACUGACGGCCACGCAGUGGCUCAAUGGAGUCAACAUGACCGUUCAGAAGAUUAGCCUCGAUCCGGCGAAGCGCGAGCUGGGUGAACAACCAAUUAUCAUCUUGAGAGGUAACCUGAACGAAGUAGUCAAGAACAUUGCCAACAAAUCGAAAACGGCGUCCACCACAACUAGCACGGCAACCAAGAUCGACCAGGAAACGACGAUCGUGAAGCCGGCUUUCGUCCCGAUCAAGGACAAAAUCAAACAAAUGGAACAGCAAUCGCAUAGUGAAAAGAGCGAGUUCGAGCAGAAGUUCAAGGAGGUCACCUCGAACAAGAACACGGAAAAUGCGAACAUAGUUAUCGAACCGAAGCCUUGCUACACCGAGAACGAAAGCAACGGUAACCAUCCGGAUCAGCUGGGUUCGGAGGACCAGGACGGCAACGUCGACGAGACGAUUCAGACAGGGGAGGUUACACCCCCGAAGCCACUGCCGAGGACAUCCAGGAACAAUUCAGUUACCGAUCAACCGAUGGGAUCGGCCGAGGAGGUCCCCGUCGUUCCGGCACCUCGUCCCGUGGCCAGACCGCGCAUGUCCACCACAGGAUACAAGCCCCGCCUCGGACCGAAGCCAUUCAGCAGUACGGGUUCAUCGGGUGACUUCUCCUUCGAUAAGGUGUUCAACGUUCCUCAGGCUCCCGGUUCGGAGAACGGGGAUUCCCUGAGGGAUUCGAACGACAACACCCAGGAGAACAGUCUGGUGUCGAACGGAAGCGUGGAGGAGACACACGAAAACGGAAACUGCAAGGAUUCGGAAGCAUUCGCGGAGAUGACCACCGAAGAGAUUGUCAUGCGACCUAAGGAUCCCGAAGAGGACGACAAACCGCGGAUCAUUUCGACCGCAGAACGAAGAAAGUCCGGAGAUCGCGAAAAGAUAUUCGAAUCCAAAGUCUCCACGGAAGCCGAGGACCAAUUCGACGCCGCAGCGGAGGACAAACCGAGCCAGUUCGAACGGUUGAGCGGCCAGCGAACGAGCAUAGCCGAACGACGCCGGAUGUACGAGAAUCGAUCGCAGAGCGUCCAAGAAGAGAAGCCAGCUUCGCCAGUUCCUCUCAGACGCCGUGAAUCGCUGAAGGUCCGCGGCGAACAGUCAAAAACAGACGACGAAGCCAUGCCUCCGCCGUCCGGGGUAGAGUUCACCCGGAACCGUAGCGACCUGUGCAAGGAGAAUCUCCCAUCGGACAUCAGCAAGCGCAACAACGCCAACUCCGCCAACACUACGUCUAAGCGAACAUCUACGGUCUUCGGAAGGGUGUCGAAGUUCCGCCACCUCAAGGGAACUCCCGGACACAAGUCUACGCACAUCGAGAACAUCCGGAACCUUAGCCGGCAGAUCCCGGGUGAAUGCGACGGUUUCCAGGCGAAUCCGGAGCGAGUGGCCGUACCGAUCUCCGGAGCCGGGGGCAAGAUUGCAAUAUUUGAACUGAGCAAACCGGGUCGUCUUCCGGACGGAGUGAUUCCCUCGUUGGUCAACGGAAACAACAUCAUGGACUUCCAGUGGGAUCCGUUCGAUAACCAGCGUCUGGCCGUGGCGUGCGACGAUGGCAGUGUCAAAAUCUGGGCCAUUCCAGAAGGAGGCCUAACGGAACCAACCAACGAACCGGAGAAGGAGUUGGUUGCCCAUUCGGAUAAGAUCUACAUUGUCAAGUACCACCCACUGGCGAAGAAUGUCUUCCUCACCGCGAGCUACGACAUGACUCUAAAGAUCUGGGACUUGGAUACGCUGACCGAGAAGUACUGUCUGAAGGGCCACACGGAUCAGAUCUUCAGCGCUGCCUGGAGCCCUUGCGGAGUGUACGUGGCAACGGUUUCCAAAGAUGGUAAGCUCCGAGUGUAUAACCCAAGGAAGUCGGAAACUCCCAUUCGUGAGGGUACUGGACCGGUGGGAACCCGCGGAGCUCGUCUGGUGUGGGCCAUCGAAGGGGAAUACAUCGUUGUAACUGGAUUUGAUAAAGUAUCCGAGCGGCAAAUCUACGUUUACAAAGCGACCGAUCUGGGUGCCCCUCUUGGAAUGGUGGGUUUGGACGUGUCCCCUGCCAUCCUGAUACCGUUCUACGACGAGGACAGUUCGACCAUUUUCGCAACCGGCAAGGGCGACUCCACCAUCUACUGUUUCGAAAUCACCGAAGAGUCCCCGUUCAUCUGUCCCUUGUCGCACCACCGGUGCUCAUCCCUGACGCAAGGAUUGAGUUUCCUCCCGAAGAACCAAUGCGACGUCGCAUCGGUAGAAUUUGCCAAAGCACAAAGACUUACCAACGGGACGGUCGAGCCGUUGAGCUUCACCGUGCCGCGCAUCAAGAGCGAACUGUUCCAGGACGAUCUAUUUCCACCAACCAAGGCUCUGUGGGAACCGACGCUCAGCGCAGCAGAGUGGUCCGCCGGGCGGGACAAGCCCGCCGUUCGGAUCAGCCUGCAACCGGAGGGCAUGGAUUCCUUGUCUUCCAUUCAGCCGACGGUCACGACGCCAACUCCGGCGAAGAAGAGCGAAAACAUAAACCAAAUUAUCGGUCAGCAGACCCAAUUCAACAAGGCCUGGAGUGCGGAUCUGGUGAAGUCGAAGCAGGAUGAGAUCAAAAACUCGGUCAGCGCCCGGAUGCCCAUCAAUCGUAAGCUCGAGCAGGACGACAUGGAAGGCGUCGACGAGAAGGAAUGGGAAGAGUAAACCAUACUACUAGCAAUGUAAAUUAGUGCGUAACCUUGAUAUAGUUUAGUAAAACCAUACACUUUCUAUCGCAUUUUAUACGCAUACACAUUAACCUGGUGCCGAGAAGCCGCCAAGGAGAGCUGAAACCAGUUGUUUAACGGUGUUUUGAUUUUUACUGUAGCAGACCACAGUAGUUGUGUCUCGAAUGUGUGUAACGAACGGAAUCAACAGAGACUGCAAUAUGUGACAAAUCCAACCAACUGCCAAUCUCCAUGACCAUGUUGAUCAACACUCUCUACAAAUAUACAAGAACAAAACACUCAAAACAAGUACAGACCACACAUUCAUUCAGUACACCUACAACACAGAUACAUAUGUCAAAACGUAAAAUACCUAACGUAGAACUUCCCUUCGUCUUCAAAUUUUCGUUACUUCCGGACAGUAUGCAUGGUGCAGAAUAUCUCUAUCAAGAAGCAAUCAGUUCACGAUCGGUUUGCUUGCGUAACGACUAAAAAUCUACAUUAAUUAGGGAUCUAUCGCUUUGGUGAAGCUUUGAGAUUUUGUGCAUGUGAGCCUUUCAGCUGCCCGUCAUCGAUCCACGCACGCGAUGGUCCGAUGGAGGGUUGGCUGAGAUAUAUAUUGGAAGCUAGUCAAGUGAAAAAUGCUCAAAACCAAUUUGUAAGUCUAAUAUGGUAUUGAUAACUAGGAAAGGAUGGCUUAUGCGUGUAUUUGUAGAACUCUAGAGGUGAGGUGGACUAAACAAAAAAAAAAAAAAAACAGCAAAGUGUGUGGUGCAAAUCGAAGCCGGUGCACAAAAUCUUCUUAAGAAAACAAUCGGACAAAUCUACGAAAGUUAGUAAACAACUUAACAUAAGCAGGAAAUUUUGUAAAUUAUAUAAAUUUUAUCGUGCUGCAUAUUUAUUAUUCUGACAACUCACUCUGAGAAACAAUUGUGAUGAUUUCAUGUGUUAAAUUGUAAGAAUCGUAACACCCGUGCAUUGUUUAUAUACACUUUCUUUUUAACGAGUACGGAUAGUUUUUUUUUUUUAAAUAAUUGUGUGCCAUUGCCUCUCUGGUUUGUGCUUGCAAUAACAUCGUUAUUAGAUUUCAAUGCUACAGUUUCAAUUGCAUUCUUUGGCACUACCAUAUCUGGGUCUUUAUUAAAAAAAAAGCGACGAGUGACGUUUACUACUUAGCACUAAGCCACAAUAUUACUUCGUAUCACAGAAAUUAAAGGACAUAUGAAAUGAUUAUUUACAAAAUUGAAGAUCACAACCGACGACUCACACCACACAGAUUGACGAAACGUGAUUCCUUUAAUUCAAGCAUGACUAUAUUUAUAUUAAGCAUUAUUGUACAAUUAUUGGACUAUUAUUAUAGGCUAUUGAAAUUUUCAGCAUAACAACAACAACAACAAAAAAAAAAAAACAUUAUUAAAAAGACUAGUUAAUAUUCCGUAUCAUGUUUUUCCAAACUGUCACGAUGAAGCUUCUCAAUAUCGAUACAACCAGAAGAUAAGUUAGAUACUACUACUGAUUAAAAUUUGGAUUGUUCCCUUGAUAAACAAAAACAUAAACAAAACAAGUAACAUAUGAACACUGUAAUUGCAACAGACUCACAUACACUCACACAGGAGCCGGAAGAAGGGGCAAAGAAAACAAGUGGCUCGAAGGCUGAAAACUAAGGCCCAGUGAAACUCUAGCAUUUUUACACAAAACCUGGUAAACAACAUUGAAACAAUAAGUAUAUAUACAUACAGUAUCUUACAUAUGUACUUUGCUUGCUGCUGGCAAACAAUGUAAUGAGAAAAAUAUACAAUUAGUAAUAA